AUGAACGCAAAUUUAUCAUUUCAAAAACGCCAAGUUGAAAGAAAAACUGUAUCUAUUGUAAAAGCUUCACCUCAGGACAGGAUUUUUGCUAAUUCUUAUGGCAAACUUCAAAAGCAGUACCAAAAACUUACUGAGAAAUACGAGGAAACCCUUGAAGAUCAACGAGAAUUAAAAUCUAAAUUAGAAUACCAAGAAAAAGAACUAGCUAAAAAUAAAAAAGCGCUAGAAAGGGUUGUAGAUGAUAAAUGCAGUUUAGAAGAGAAACUAAAUGAAAGCAAAGCUUAUAUACGAAAGCUCGAAAAUAAAGUGGCAAUGGGCCUAAAAGGCAAUGGAGAUCUCCCUAAAACUGAAAGGCUUAUAUAUUUAAAGGACCAAAAAAGCAAGCUCGAAGAAGAAAAUUAUGAGCUUAAUGAAACCAUUGAAAAACUCAGAGAUCAUAUCAUAGUUCUCAGCAAAGCACUUGCUCUAAAAUCCAACGAAUUUGAAUUAGCCGGGGAUAUGAAAACAAGCCUCCUAUAUGAUGUUGGGCAAUGCAGACUUGACAUUGAAAGAUCAGAAGAACGAGAAAAGAAAUGACUAGAAAACAAUGAAAGACUCCAAACCAGGCUAGAUGCAGCAUUAGCUACUAUUGAAGAACUAAAAGUAAUCAGAGAAAGCAACACUGAAGAGCUAUCACAACUAGAAGAAAAAGUGGCUAUGCUUAAAAGCGAAAAAGAAAAGCUAGUCGAGGUAAUUUUUAUAUAGAAAAACAAAGAUUUAUCUGAAGAAAAGCAUAUACAUAAAAUGGCGUAUGGCGACCGACCCACCUCCCAGUGGUGGUUACCCAUGUAUAUCCGGGCAUGGUUUUUGGAGCCAGGAAUUAGCCCAACAACGUCCGGGACCUCGAAGCGAGAGGCCUAAGCGCGAGAACCGCUGUUUUUGCGACCAGACCCAUGGGCAGUUAUUCGUGACUUCUUUUUGCCAGCAGCGCUCAGCCCAGUGAGUGCCCGAAAUGAGGCAGGGUGAAUUACCUGCCUAAGCUGCUUUAGUGGCUCGCCCCGAAUGGCGAAAGCUGUUGAGUUCUUUCUCGGGAUGACCGGAAAAGAGGGGAGGCGAAUUAGACAUCGAGACGGGGGUCUCUCCAGUUGAAAAGGUGCCCUUCAAUGGGCAGAUCUGGCGGACGACGAAGCGGAGUUGGCGUAAACUUAGGCGACGAUCCAAGUUGGAAAUGGAGGUGGUCAGCAAAGCCGGUAUAAGACGGCCCUUGACAAUACCUCUACCGAGAAACCGGGGGUUUCGGCCCGGGCUUGGUGAACGCUCUGCCACCACACGGAAAACCGUGGCAUGCGACCUCGGACGUAGUAGGGACUUUAAAUACCCAGCGUAAUCUUAAUCUUAAUCUUAAUCUUAAUCUGAAGAAAAGCUUUCUCUAUUAGAGUAUGUAGAAGAAAUUAACAUGGAGCGCAGAAAAACUGAAUAUUCAAUCCCAAUAGAAAAAUUUAACAAAAAUAUUAUUGAUUUGGAACAAAAAAUCUGCGAAAAAGAAAUCCAGUGUGAAGAAUUGUCAUUAAAAUAUGACCAAGCUUUAGAAACAAUAAAAGAGCUUGACAAAGAAGUAAAUAGGCUUAGGAAACAUUUAGAUGGUCUUAUAGGAGAAAAUGAAGAAAUUGCCCAAAAUGAAUUGGUAAUUUUUAAUUAGCGUGCCCGGCAGACUUUUAACGACUAUGAAAGAGAAAACGAAGAAUUGCUGAAAAAGAUUGAGUCAAAAGAAGAUAAAAUUAUGAGUUUGGAUAUCGAAAAUAAAAAAUUAUUUUCUGAGCUAGAAGAAGCUCUAGAGAAGAUAGAGGAAUAUGAAAACAAAAUUGGGGAAAUUAGAGAUAAUGGAGGAAUUACAGAAAAAAUGCUGAAAGAGCAGAUGGAAAAAACACUGGAAGACUUAGAAAGGCUUGCUGAAGAAAGGGACCAGCUGAAAGAAGCUAUGAAUGAAGCUAUAAAUAAGUGUGCGAAUAGCUUGAUAAAACAGCAGAAUAUGGAAAAAGAACAACAAAAAACGCAGAGGCAGGUUGAAAACUUGAUUUCUUCGAAAGGGCUGCUGCAGCAGACAAUGGUUGAGCAAGUAAAUUCUUUACGACAACAAAUAAAUAAAGUUAAAGAGGAAAAAGAUGAUUUAUUAGAAGAAAUGGAAAAGCUUGCUAAAGAAAACAAAGAGCUGAAAGAGCUAUUAGAUCUUGAGCAGCAAUAA